AUGGGCUCGAUGGGCGCCUUGCCCCCGCUCACAGAAUGGCCGGACUUCUACUACGCAGUGAUUGGGGCCGCAGUCGGUGUCGCAACACUGUUCAACGUGUACAACUAUGUGCUAUAUCGCCAAAGAAUGCUCGCAGCAAGAGGGGGAUCGCGGACGCCUGCAAAGCCUAUCUCAUGGCUCGCCCUCGGGAAUGCGACACUCUACGCCCUGACGCGCGAAGCGUCCAAUUUCUCAUUACGCAUACCACUGAAAGGUCGCAUACUCAGACUACCAACAGUCGGCCGAUCGUCGCUGGUUGUCGGGAACGUGGUCGUUCUGGUCGUUCUAUGUUUAUACGGCUUCGAUGUGACGGACAUGUUCAGCAUGGAGAAUAUUGGCUUUCGUUGCGGUGUGGUCACGAUAGCCCAACUACCGAUUAUCGUCCUGCUAGCGGGCAAGAAUAACAUCAUCGGAUGUCUCAGCGGUGUGAGCUACGAGCGUUUAAAUUGGCUACAUCGAUGGUGCGCUCGAUGCAUGCUGCUUACGGCCACCAUGCACUUGGGGUAUUUCCUCAGUGCAUGGGCUCCGUACGACUAUAUCGGCUACCAACUCAAGAAUAACGCAAUCGUUUGGAAAGGCCUUGCUGCAUGGUGUACCUUGGCGUGGAUUGUGUUCAGUUCCAUGACACCGAUCCGAGGCUGGAACUACGAGAUCUUCGUUAUUCAACAUAUCGUUUCGUUUGCAGUUUUCCUUGCGUUCGUCUACAUUCAUACCCCUCUCGAGAUGAACGGCUACGUCUGGGCUCCUGUUGCCAUUUUCCUGUUCGACCGCCUCUUCCGAGCAUUGCGACUGCUAUACAUCAACAGCUCCGUAUUUCAUCCUUCGUUAAAGAAGCGGGGCCAACUGAAUGGCCUCUGGGCGUGCAAAGCCGAAUUCACACCUCUCCCCCACAACACCACACGAAUUAGUAUACCUAACCCACCCAUCAGCUGGACUCCUGGUCAACAUGUAUAUCUAUCAUGUCACUCCGUUGUGCCGUUACAAAGCCAUCCAUUCACCGUGGCUUCGAUACCAGCGGAUGGGAAAAUGGAGUUUUACGUCAAGGCCGAGAAGGGAGGUACCAAGCGCCUCUUCAGACACGCGGAAAAAUCUGGCAAUUUAUCUGGAGUGCCCGUCAAAGCCAGGACUGUGGCCAUAGAAGGCCCAUACGGCACUCUAAGACCACUGCGCCAAUUCGACAGCGUCGUUCUCCUUGCAGGAAGUACCGGCGGGACUUUCACUCUCCCGCUCCUUCGCGAUCUCCUCCAGGGUUGGAAGGAGAAUGCUUGUGGCAAUACAGGUAGCAGUUCAAUCUUCAAAAUACCAACAGGUGCGGUGACGCGACACAUCCGCUUCGUAUGGGUCGUCAAGAGCAGAGGGCAGCUAAGCUGGUUUUCCGAGCAGCUUUCCUCCGUAUACACCGAGUUCCGAACGCUACAGGAAACACUCCGGGACAUCAAACUCGAAAUGAGCGUCUACAUCACCUGCGACGAGUCUUUCACAGAAGAGCACAACUCCGUGCUUUCCGGCGUGACGGCACCCAACAUGAACACAAAAUCACAGAGCGAGCCCCAGCACGGCACUGUGCAAUACAGAUCGCCCUCACAGGCAUCAGAAAAGAAGAGCGAGAAGAAAUCGCAUAGGCAGGGAUACCAAGAAGUAACAUCUAUCGAUUCAUCAAGUCUCGAUAUCCAAGAAGCAUGUGGUCCGAACGGCACAUGCUGUUGCCGCACUGCGGUUGACGAAUCGUCUUCAGCUAGUAAAGCGGUGUGCAGCUGUUCGAAACCUCAAGCCACUGCCUUGUCUCGUCCUACAUCUCUCGCACCUUCCACACCCUCAUCUCUCGAGAAAGGCCAAAGAGUCGUCGUGCAUCCGUCGAUAGCGAUAUACUCCGGUCGACCGAAGACGCGGGAUAUCAUACGCAGGUCGUUAGAACAAGCGUUGGGCGAGAGUGCGGUCGUGGUGUGUGGACCGCAGGGGUUGGUGGCAGACGUGAAGCAUGAUGUUGUCUGGUUGAGCGAUGAGCGCGCGGUGCACAAAGGGACGGGAGCGCAGGGCAUAUACCUACACACAGAAAGCUUUGGAUGGUAA